UCAAUAGCAAGAGUCCAUCGCUAGCGAGUUACAGCCAAAAAAAAUUUGCCAGAUGUAAAUUCCACACACAAAAACAAAAGUGCAAUAUUUAUACAAUGUAAAAUGUGUUAAAAUCGCCAGAUAUUCGCUGUGAGCUCUUCUCCCACCAAUUCGCACUCACAAACACACGUAGCUAGAGAUCGGAGCCCAGCAUGGAGACUUCUGCGGACGCGCUCGUCGAGGAGCAGAAGCUCAUGGCGGAGGCCAAGUACCGCACCUACAUGACCAACAUAGACAAGGCGCUGCGCAAUUUCGAGUACUCCAGCGAGUGGGCGGAUUUGAUAUCGGCUUUGGGCAAGCUCAGCAAGGCCAUAUCAAGCAAUACGCAGUACCAGGUCAUACCACGUCGUCUGAAGAUAGCCAAGCGACUGGCCCAGUGUAUGCAUCCCGCCCUGCCCUCCGGGGUACAUCUCAAGGCUUUAGAGACCUAUUCGGUGAUUUUUAGCAAAACGGGGCCGGAGCGUCUGGCCACGGAGUUUAUAUACAGUGCCGGGCUGUUCCCGCUGCUGGGCUAUGCCGCCAUGAACGUGAGGCCCGCCUUGCUGGCCAUCUACGAGAACUACUUUGUGCCGCUGGGCGAUAAGCUGAGGCCUGCCUUGAGCGGCUUCCUCAAUGGCGUCCUGCCCGGUUACGACUGUGGCCUGGAUCACUUUGAAAGGAUUAGCUCUCUUCUGAAGCAAGUGUGCAAUGCCGUGAAUCCCAUGCACUUUUACACGGUGCUAUGGGAGUCGGUGGCCAACAAUGCGGCCAUAAGGCUGCCGGCCAUCACCUACCUGCUGGAGCACUUCAAUAAGCGUCUGGAUAUGCAGGAGCAGAUCUACAUCAUGGGCCACAACAGGGAGAUUAUGAUGUCGGCGUUGUGCGCCUGCCUGAAUGAUUCUUUGAUUCUGGUGCAGCGCAACACCUUGGAGUUCCUGCUGCUGGGUUUUCCCAUGCACACGGCUUUGCUUGGCGAGGAUGAUCUGGUGAAACUGGUCACCAAUGGGCUGAAUACCAUCCUGCGAAGGGAUAUGUCGCUAAACAGGCGACUCUUCAGUUGGUUGCUGGGCAGCGAAGUGGCCAAGAACUCGCCCACCUAUGAUACCCUUUCACUGGACACCUCGAAUGCCCAGGAGGAGGAGCCGGAGUUGGAACCCUACUUUGUGAAGCACUCGCGGCACAUUCUAAUCCGAGCUUUAAUCACCACCCUGCGACUGAGCCUGGAUUGCUCACCCAUGGACCUGAAACCGUACAGGAUUAUGCUCUCCCUGCUGGACAAGGCGGAGAUAGGCAGUGCCGUUCUAGACUAUGUCCUUCAUGACAUCAUGCGCGCCAUGUACAUCUCCAGCGGUAAUGCGGAGGCUUUGAAAUCCGCCAACCUGCUGUUUGCCACCUUUGAUCCGGCGUACAUCUGGAGCUACAUGACUAAUAUGUUUGAAAGAGCCUGCCUGCAGGCCAACUCCUCGAAGGAGAAGUCUCAGGCCACUGAAUCCUCUGGAAAAUAUGCCUGCGAAGUGGGUUCCGGGGAUCCCUGUGUCCUGGAAAUCUGCCUCCUAACCGAAUUCCUUUUGGAAACCGUCUCCCUGGAGAUGUACACGGAGACCACUAGGGUGUACCUGCCCAAGGUCUUUCUGGCCAUCACCCAGCUGCUCUCCCUCCACAUGGAUCGCGUGAGCAGCAGCGAGAUCACGGCCUCGCUCAAGCUCUGCAUGAAGAUUGUUUCCAGGGUCCAACCCAUGAUAACAAGUCCCAUAAAACUGAACAAGCUGAUAGAGCAGAAUGGUGGUGGUGGUGGCUCCUCGUCGGACGAGAAGAUCACCGUGAAUUCGGUGAGUCAGAAAGUGGAGGCACCCAGCAGUUCCCUGGAGAAAAGCAAGUCGGACUCGCGGCUAAAUCAAUUUGCGGAGAACUCGCUCCACGGCACGGAUGCCAACAAUGAUGAGGAGCUCAUCCGGCGCUCGGCCUCCAACCAGAGUGUGGGUCGUCACAGUCCCAACAAGAAGAAGGCCAAGUCCAUAUCCAGGCUGUCUGAGUUGGACAAGGAUAUCAGCGCCUCGGAUACCCCGCAAUCCUCCUCGGAUCUGGACACUCCUCGGAGCAUUAAAAAGCUCAAGGCCAAGGCCAAGGUGCCCUUUAUACGCAGUCCCAAAAAACAGCGACCCAAGGACAUUGUUCUGGUCCAGUCCAAUACUACAACCGAUGACGGCGAUGGUCCUAGCUUUGAGGAACCGAAGAGUGCUCCCCCGGAUCAAUCUCCUCAAUUCCAGCUGGACGAGGAAAGUCGGGCCACUCAGCAGCGUGGUUUCUCCAUUCUGGAGAAGUGCAUCCGCCAGUAUGAGAUCUUCUUUGAGGUUUACCUGGCCAGAAAGUUACUCCAAAUCCAAGCAGAGCCCAAGGAAUGCGCGGUGAGGGUUCAAGUGCAGAGAACCACCAGCACCAGUCACACCUCCAAUCUGUUCCUGGCCGAGCAAGUUCUAGAGCAUGAGUGCGCCGAAAGAGAGUCACAAAUCGAACGCUUGUUUAACCUGCUCCGCGUGGACAUUGUUCCACGUUCCAAGCAGCUACAGAGGUUGCUGAAUCGUUCCCUGCCCCUGCCCGCCAGUGCCAGUGAGCUGAGCAGCGACAGCGAGGCGCAGGAGGACAAGCAACAGAGUCUGCUCAUCGAUGGACAAACGCAGCGCAGUGUCCAGCAAUUGUCUGAGCUACAGCUGAGCUUAUCCCUUCGAGGAGCUGUCAAACUGGCGGCUACUUUGCUGGUGGAGAUGUCCACGUUCCCCAAUUGCAAUAAGCACAUUGUGCUGGACAGGAAUGAGCCAGAAUUACCCAACUGGCUGAAAGUCCUCUGCUUGGUGGCUUGUUUUGCUCAGAGCGAUAAAGAGCUACAGGUGUCGGCUAUAACUACGCUUUUUGAUUUGAUCAGUCUCCUCCGUUCUCAAAUCGAGCACACAACCAGCCCCGGGGUCACCUUUGUGGUGAUGCUGCCCCUGCUCAAGUUUGGCCAUGUCAGCUACAUGGAACAACACACUCGCGUCUUCCAGCUGGUGAGCUCCAUACUGUGGGAUUACCUAGGAGCUGCCGGCAUAGAUCCAGCCCAGAUUGCAGCGCUUCUCCAUCAGCUGCACAGUUGCCUGGAGAGUGGCCUGGUGGAGACAGUAAUUGGUAAUAGGAUGCAGGCACAGCAUCUUCUGCAGAUUCAACCGCCUGUCUUGGGAAGGACAGCCCUGCGCAGUUACCAGAUGGAACGCCUAGCGGAUGCCCAACUGCUGUGCCCCACGGAAUCCACGGAGAGGCUGCGUGAGAGCCAGGCGCGCAGCUUCAAGAAGUUUGAGCUGCUGUGGCACCUAGGCAGAGCCAAGCAGCCAACGAGGGGAUUUGAGAAGACCCUCCUCAAGGUGCUGGACACCUUGUCGCUGCCCCAUUACAUGUCAGAGCGGACGUUUGUGACCAACUGGCUACAGGCUUCGUUGCUGCGUGGAGAUCUCGCCCGGGUAACCAAGCCGCUCUACAAGAUCCUGCUCUCCGCCAGCUCUAAGCGCGUGGGCAUUGUCCACAUGCAGCAGUUGUAUCGCGAAGCCGAAGCAGAAGUCACGCCUGCCUUUGAGCGCGAUGUGUAUGCUAUUAGCUCGGAGCAGGGCAAUGUGAAGUAUCAUCACAUGGAGACCACCAGCGGGGGUAAGAAGAAGAGCCCCAUUCGAAACUUUCCCAAGAAGAUCUUUGGGGUGACCCUGAGCGGCGGCAAGGCCAACAAGGUUUCUAAUUUCGUGAACUACAAGGCCACAGCCUUAGCAGUGGCUAGCAACAGCAGCGAGGUGGCCCAGGAUGUCAACACCAUAGGGCUGAUUAUUAAUCCCCUGGAGAAUGCCAAUGAUUUUGACGAUGAAACGGAUCUAGAGGAGCCGCGGAUUGAGAUACCCCACAAGGAGACACCGCUGGAGCAGAAGCUGGCCUGUGCCAUGGACGAGAGCGAGCAGCCCUCGCAGGAGCAGACGCCAGGAGCCCAGCCAGCCGAUCAGAGUCUCCACUUUGACCAGGAUAUCACAGACAACUCGGACAGCAGCGACUUUGAGUCGGACUCGGAGCUGCGCGAGACCAGUCUGGAGAAGGAGGACAGCCUUACGGUGAGCUCGAGUGCCGGAAUCAGUGAUGAUGUCAAGCGCUUUGUCGGGGAUUGUGAAAGGGUCACCGAGGCCCUGACCCAGCACGAGAAGAUCAAGAGCCGCAAGACCUAUCGCCUGACCAGGGAGAAGACGCCCGGUGAGUCCAGUCUCAACUCGCUGGAACCAGAGCAGCAGAGUACUCCUGACCUUCAAGCGGAGGCCUUGCCUGCGGAUGAGUAUUUCCGGGAGGACAAGAAGCUGGGCAAGCGCAAGAAGCUUUUGAUUGCAGGUGAGAAGAAGCGCCUAAGCUGCAUUUCCAAGACCUCCACGGACAGCAAUCUCAGUGGCUCGCAUGUGGAACAGCCAGAGCUUGAAGAGGAAUCGGAGGAACCAGAGUCCACCAUCAAUGUGGAGGAUAAGCGAAGGAAUCUUAGCUUGGAGACCAGCAAACUCCAGCCGGAUAUGCAGAAAACCCUGGAGAAGGGCAAGCAAAAUGUGGAGAUUUUGCGUCAGAAUAAUGCGGCAGCAGCUGCUGCUGCAGCGGCGGCAGCGGAGGAGCAAACCUCUAGCCUGCGCAGCUCCCUGAAGAGCAGCCACUCCCUCACCGAUGCCGCUCACCUGUACCACAACCACUUGCUGUUGUACCUGGCCAUCUAUGACACCCGCCAGACUUUGUAUGCCCUGCAGACGCUACGCAACAUUAUCUGCUGCGAUCGUCGCACUUUUCUCUGCCUCUCCAUCACCACUUCCUUCUCCAGCGGCAGCCUGAAGCAGCUUCUAGUGCGCCAUCGCAAGAGUAUCUCCGGCAAGGGCUUUGAUGGCAGCGUGGGCAGCUCGGAAUAUGCCCAGGCUUAUAGGGGAUGCAUGCAACUGGAGCUAGUGGUCACUCUGUGCCUCUUCUAUGCACGUGGUUACUUCCAGAGGGAAUCCCUGGAUGCCCAGCGGCAACCUCCCACCCUGCAGGACAUUGUAAACAACAGGAGGAUCCAACUAGAAAGCAUUGAACUGCUGACUGUGAUCUGCACUGAGCUGAUAGAGAUAGUCAAGGGCAUGGGCACAGGACUGGCCCGUUACAUAGCCGACCUGUUAGCCCGCGCCAAGCUCCAGAAGGUUAUGCUGCACUGCCUUAAUAGCUCUGUGUGCAGCUAUGGACGCAGCAGGGCCAACGCCAGCUAUGCGGAGCAGGUCCUGAGCUUCAAUGAUCCGCAGGAUGACCAGCUGCAUGCCGACUGCUUCCAGCUGCAGCUACUCCGCCUGCUUUUAGCUGUAAUCCGGCUGGAGCACGAGGUGCAUCAGGUGCGGCAGGAGACACCCCCCACAGGAGGAGAGGAUACCGCAGGCAAUGCCUCGCCCACCCGCCUCACGGAGGGAUCGGCGGCAGCAAAUGUCAAGUAUCUGCCCAACUGCCUGAUCAGCCAGCAGCCCAUGUUUUUGGCCGCCGUUUUAGGAGCCCUGCAGCAGGAGCGACUGCGUCAUUUGCAUCGCAACUGGACGGAUCUGGUGACCUCCUCACUGAACUGCUUCUCCUUUGGUUCCCUCACCAACAUAGUGAUCAGUGUGGUCCACCAGCUGUGCAGCAAUUUGGAUCGUUUGGCCAAGACGCCACUCCCCCAGCAGCGACACUUUCCGCCGGACUAUGUGGUCUCUCAGCUGGAGGCCUUGACUAUACUCUGUCACUACUGCCUGCUGGACAACACCCAGCAGACGGCGCUCUCGCACCUGUUCAACCAGGCCUAUCCCCAGACCAGCUCCUCGGCGCAGAGCUCCAGCACUGGGCAGUUGCUCAACAGCAUUGUUCACUCCUUCCUCUCGGCCAGCGAAUCUUCUGGAGCGUCAGUGCCGGCGCCUAGGAAUCCCCAGCUUCAGGCGGCGCGUAAUGCAGUGCUCUCACAUCUACCAAGGAUCAUGAGCAGCGUGGCUGCCAUUUGGGACAGCGAACUGGGACAGCUUAGGCCAGUGCGUCAGCAACUCUUGGAGUUCCUGUCGCCGGUUUCACUGCAUCAUGGCUGCAAUUUCCUGGCCGCCGUGGCCGUCACCUGGCAGCAGCGCGGGGUGGCUGCCAAUAUGAGUGGAUUAAGCAUCUCCGAGCAGUUCCAGAGGAACUCCACUUUGCAGGCUUGUCCCGCCCAGCUCUCUCUGGUGUCCCUGGUGUCCAGCAUCCGGGUGAUGCCCAUGGACUCGUUUGUUAUGACCCUGCACCAAGUGGUGCGCUCGCCGCCGCCCAUCCACCGGCCACCUGCCCAGCUCAGCAUUGAGGUAAGCUCGCUGGAGCUUUUCUACUUCUACAUGCGUUCUGCCCCGGCUCCCCAGCUGGCCGAUGCCUGGAGCUCGCUGCUGGCCCUCAUCCGGGAUGGCUUGAAUCUGACGCCUCCUGCACAGUUUGCUCUGCUGAUGCUGCUCAACGAGUUUGUGCAGCGUUGUCCGCAGAUGCCCUUCCAGGACAAGAAGGAGGUGAGGGAGCUGCAUGACGUUACCUCGCGACUGGUGGACUCGCUGUCCAGUGUGGCUGGCUCCUGCCUGGAACAGACCACCUGGCUGCGUCGUAAUCUGGCUGUUAAGGAGGACACUGAUGGCCUGGCCAAGGACAACAGCGUGGGUGGCGGUGGACUGCAGCAGUAUUCCCUGCAGGCGCAGAGUGUCCUCGCAGCCAUACUCUCAAACCUACUGGAUGUGGCGUAUGGCUCUCAGGAGAAGGACAAGGUGGUCAAUAUAGUGACCCCGCUGCUGUACAAUAUAACUCCGUAUUUGAAGAAUCACACGGCCCGGAAUGUGCCCUUCUUCUACGCCUGCUCGGCGCUCUUGGCCAGCCUGAGUGGGUAUCAGUACACAAGGAAGGCCUGGCGCAAGGAUAUGCUGGAUCUCCUCCUGGACAAUGCCUUCUUCCAGAUGCAUCUCUCGUGCCUGCCCUUCUGGCGCAUGAUCAUGGACAGUCUGAUGACGUACGACAAUACCACAUUCCGGGAGCUUAUGACCCGCGUCUCACUCUCGCAGGCGGGCAGCCUGAACAUAUUUACAUCGCGCGAUCAGGAGUACGAGCAGCGGGCCAUGCUGCUCAAGCGUCUGGCGUUUGUUAUCUACUGCAGCGAGUUUGAUCAGCACAACAAGUACAUGCCGGAUAUUCAGGAGCAACUGGCCAACAGUUUACGACUGGUUCCUAUGGGUCCCUCCGUUCAGGCUGCCGUUUUCCUUUGCUUCCGUGUACUCCUGCUGCGCAUGUCGCCCGACCAUGUCACCUCGCUGUGGCCCAUCAUCAUUGCCGAAAUGGUGCAGGUGUUCCUGCAAAUGGAACAGGAACUCAAGUCGGAGAGCGAGGAGAGAAAUCAACAAAUGCGCAUGCCCUCGGGCAUUGAUGUCUCCUGGUCCUCCGCCUCGACAGCCAGCAAUGGCUACAGCUCCCAGACGCCCAUGCAGCACUGGCGCUCGGUACAGCUGGAGGCUUGCAAGCUUUUAGAACUGGGAUGCGUUUUGCCGGCCACCAAAUUGCCGCAUUUCCAGAUGUAUCGCUGGGCCUUUGUGGGCACCGAGUUUGAUGUGCACGAGGAGGAGGUGAGACUGCCCAAUGGCAGUCUGGAGAAUCUGGCCAUGCUGCCCAGUGCUCUCUAUGUGCCGCAUGUAAGGCGGUUGGUGAGACUGAUGGACAUGAAGUACACGACUCAGUCGCCGCUCUUGCAACGUCCUAGCAACCGCCAUCUGAUGUUGCACUUCCAGCAACUGCAAUCCCUGCAGGAGCUGUACGCCUUCUUCUCCACAUUGGGCUUCAACUGCCCGCAGCCCCGGAACUUUGCCGACACGGAACAGGAUGUGGCCAAUUGCCUGCAGGAGAUCGAAGAGGUGCUGGCCAAUGACUUCCUGGAGAAGCUGCCCAGCAUUACCACGCCCAGAUGAAAGCCGGUUGCCGUCCAACGGCCGCCCACGCAGUCGCAGAUCCAAGCAAAUGGAUCCCAAUUCGAGCUCAAGUUGAAUCUGAAUCUGGGCAUGGAAUCUGCCUUGGAGGCGGGCCAGCAGCAGCCAUCACGCAUCCUGGCCGCUGUGCAGGCCAAGCUGAGUAGCCAAAAUGCCGAGACGAGCUUUAUGCAGCAGACGCAACAACAAAGCACCAACAAUAAUAAGAAGACCAACUUUCCAUUUUAUGUGUAAGAAGGAUAUGGAGCUGGAUGCCGAUAGUAUGAUAGCUAGCUAUAUAGAUAGAAAUGUCCGUAGUGUGAUCGAUCGUUUUAACUGUUGUGUGUUUUGAGGAGGACUAGCGCCCUGUCAUUGUAUAUGUAUAACUAUAAUAUAACCAUAACCCAUGUAUCUAACUGUUGAUAGUUGCGGAUGUUCCGGAUGUGAAUAAGAAGAGAGACUAAACUGCAAUCAAAA